GUCGUUACGGAGGAGGGUUUUUCAACCGAUGACUAACGAGAGCGUAAUAGAAGCAUCGAAAUGUAAACCAGAGGUCUUGGACAACACAGAGAAAAUGGAUUGUGAUCAGAAUACUCAGUUGUCAAUGGUCGUAAAUAUACCGACUCCUCCUGGUCCUCAAUGCUACUGCAUGUCGCCACGUGAUUUUAGUAGACCGGAUUUUCAGUGCAGUGUUUGUUAUAAAUGGUUCCAUCUUGAAUGUAUAGCAUUCAACAUAGGGUUUGUCUACAUUUUCAGUAAAAUAGUUUCUUUUUUGAAGAAAGGCGUUACCUUUCCUAACAGCUUACCAUUUCAUGUGUAAGAAGUGCAACCCGAUCGGGGAAGAAGUAUUUUCCAGAAAGCAGGCGAAUUUUACAGUUAUGUGUCAAACGGCUCUUGCCAACUUGAUGUUGAAGCAUGGAGGGCGUUUGUACUUCAUGGAAAUGAAGGAACUCAUCCCUUUUUUAGAGGAGUACUGGGAAGAACUUACAACACAGCCAAGAAGGUCCAAUAAUUCUUGGUAUCCAAAUAUCCACAAAACUUUGGUUUGUUAUGGUUGUUUAUCUAUUACCACAGACUAGUAGUGAUGUAUUCAAGACGGUAGAAACUUCAGAUGGUCUUUGUGUAUGUCUGUCGAACACUGAUCUUACCAAGAUUGGUCCAAGUUAUGAUCGAUUUCGUGCUCUCACAAGUCAACUUCGGACAAAUAUUACUAAACUAGGAGUUCCUUCUGCUAACAUACCAAACAGUGUGUCACAGACCCAACCAUCUAUAUCAGGUUCCGUUUCUGAUGCACUUGACCAAUCAUCAAAUCUUACUUCCUCUAAUAAUCAGUUGCCUUUCACCAAUGAAGCCGAUGGCAUAGAUGUGCCUGUUUGGCGUAAACGCAAAUCUCCUGGCAGUGGGUUAUCUGGUGGGAUGGGAAACUUUUACAAUGGUUCUUCAGUGAUAUCUACUGUUCCAGGUGGAUCAUCAGAAAGUGCAGCACUUGGUACUGUGACUAAUUCUGAUGUCCCAGGAUUCCCUGGUACUAGAACUGCUGCCUCAUCAAAUGGUGAUGUAAAUAAUGGAUUAUCCAGUGGUCUUGUACGUUCAACUCGUCGGGCCACUUCGGCAUCUGUUCUGGGUGGGACCACACCCUUAAGUGGAACUUCAGGUUCUGAUGAAGGACGUGCAAAGUUAAAUUCUUUAGGCUUCCCGAUUGAUCAUGCACUAAAUAAGGAAGGUUAUCGUUACAUUUUGGUGGAACCGGAUAAACAUGCCUCCGGUCGGGAGCAGUGGGACGAAUGCGAGUUUACAGCUGGGAAACCCAUACCUGGUCUUUUUUAUCGUGUGUUUUUAUGCUCACAAGUAGUUUUAUCUUUGAGUGAUCGGGCGAAUCAUUUGAAAGUUCACGAAUCGCAGUUGUCAGUUACUGGUGAGAAGGGUUAUUGUAUGGUCCGUGCCACUCAUAGCGUUAAUUCCGGUACUUGGUACUUCGAAGCAACUAUCACAGAGCAACCAGAAGGUUCUGCAACUAGAAUCGGUUGGUCUCAAAUGUAUGGUAACUUACAAGCACCUUGUGGCUAUGAUAAGUUUAGUUAUUCUUGGCGUUCACGUCUUGGCACCGCAUUUCAUGAGUCGCGGGGAAAACAUUACGCUGAUGAAGGUUAUAAAAAAGAUGAUGUUAUUGGAUGUAUGAUCUAUUUACCUUCAACUACUGGUCCUUUCACAUCGUUAGAAAAUCAAUGUUCAGAGUCUUCUGGACUGUUUAAAACGCCCCAAGCGAAUUCAUUAUCAUCUGUGGCUGGCGACAUUAAAUCCAACUUAAACAAUACAUCUAGUGGACAGAAUAUGAAUAAAUAUAAAAAUUUAUUUUGUACUUCCAAUUAUCUUCCUGAGACAUAUAAAGAUCGUCCACUCAUCAGAUUUCGGAAUUCUUUUUACUUUGAGGAGAAGGAUGAGCCGACAAAAGCGGAAAAAUUACUUCAUCCGUUGCCUGGUAGUAAGAUUACGUUCUACCACAAUGGUAAAUGUAUGGGAGCAGCUUUUACGAAUAUCUAUGCAGGCACUUAUUAUCCAGCAAUAUCAAUAUAUAAAUCUGCUACUGUUUCUGUCAAUUUCGGUCCAUAUUUUAAAUAUCCUCCGAGUGACGUAACAGACUGGGAACCGAUGUCUUCUCGCGUUAUAAGCGCUGCUGUUGAACAAACUGUGGCAGAUAUGAUCUGUUUAGUAGAAAAAGACGGAUUCAUUGAGCGCACAAUCAAAUCAUGUACUCCUCAAUUUAAUUAAUCAAAGGCUUUCAAAAAGUAUGAAGAUUUAAUUCUAUCUUAAACUCGUUUGUAAGUGUCAAGAAGUUAAUUUUCCUUCUACUAACUCUACAUCGUCAUCUCUUUCUGGUUAGUGUGUAUUCAUUGAACCUGUUUUCUAUCUGAUUAUUGCAAACUGAACUAUUCAAGCUUAAUUGUUGUACUCAUUCUAAAAAUUUUUUAUGCAUCUUGUUCAUAGAGUUUUUAUAUUUUCAUACGCUGUAUAUUUAUCUAUGGGUUUAUUUUAUUAGGUAUCAUUAUUGAUUUGAUUCUUCAUAAUGUUUCUAUACCUUUUUAUUCACUAUACAUGUCUAUGUAUGUGCUUAGGAAAGAGAGAGUACUUGUGAGCUUUGUAUCUGUUUGUAAUGCUGUUCGAUGAUGAUUAUCAUCCAUCAUGGUGUUAAUUUUUCAAUCUUCAUUUCUGUGUCUUCUUUUUUCAAAGUAAAACAGUAAUAAAUAUAUAUUUAUGUACCA